AUGGGAGUGGGCCACAGCCAGGCAAAGCGGCGGCUCACUGGCAUCGAAUCGGAGUCCCAGCCGCCGCAGCAGCAGCAGAGCCGCGUGUCCCCAGCUCCUGGGAGGGCGACAAGAGAGGGGGCAAAGGGAGAUGGCCGCCCCGGGGGUGGAGGCCCUGGAAUGGGAGUUGAACCUGGAAGAGGGUGUCACACCGGAAGUGCCACGUGUACCGAGUGCGCAUGUGCAUGCGCCUGGUUUCCGCUAGUGACUUGCCCUCGGGCCGGCAGUCGGUGGCGCGUGCGUGCGGUGGAGGUAGCGUCACAGUCGGAGGUGGGGGCUGGAGGUUGUUUGGUGGGGGUGGCGUGUCACAGAGCCGGUCCCGCUCCGGUGGCGGCCAUGUCAGGGGGCAGGGGCGGUUGGCCCCCUAACGCCGGGCCUGGCGCCCCACCGGCCUGCCUCAACGGCCCUUUGAUGAAUCAACGCCCUUCAGUCCCCAUUGAGCAAGGAUAUAGAGUGGUUCCACCAGCACCAUAUUCACAGCAACAGCCAGCAAAGAACUUUCCACACCUUGGCACUGAACAGCAUCUUAGUAAUUUUCAGACCUUUGGGCAGACUGCCAGCAGACCUCUACUAAAUGCUACCCAUUUACAGAAGGGUUCUUCUGCUGAUGGACAAAACGUACCUAUGGCUGCAUAUCCAGGUUCUUACUCAAGAAUGCCCCAUCCUUCUCAAGGUUCAUUUACACCUCCAGUGUCGAGCAGCGUUCUCCCUGGAGUCUCAGUCCUUCCACAGCCUAGCUGGCAAUAUAGUCCUCAGCAACAGCCCCAUCCUAUCAGUCAGCUUCCAGGAGUGCAAGCAAACCAUGUAAUUCCAGCUGCAGGGACUGGUCAGGGGCGAUCAACUUCUGAGCCCUUGACCAACACCUAUGGAAGUGUUGGUCCAAAGCCAGCGAUGGGUAAUCAAUAUGAAAAUACACUUGGAGGAUCUUUUGGACAGAACUACACAAACCAAGGUAAGUCAGAAUUUAUGCUUCUGUUUCCCCAAUACUGA